AUGGUGGUUACGGAUCAAGAUCCUGCAAUGAAGAAAGCAAUUGAGGCUGUUUUACUAGAGUCAAGACAUACGCUUUGCAUGUGGCACAUUACGCAAAAGCUUCCAUCAAAGGUGGGAAACGAUAUGUUUGAGCAUUCAGAUUUCAAAAAGAAAUUCAAUGAUAUAGUGUGGAAUUUGUCGAUAGAUACAAAUACGUUUGAGAAGAAAUGGUUUGAAAUAAUAAAGGAGUUUGAUUUGGAGGAUCAUGAAUGGUUUACUCACAUGUAUAGCAUCAGAUCAACAUGGAUACCAGCGUAUUUUAGAGACUUAUAUAUGUCGGGUUUAAUGAGGACCACAUCCAGGUCAGAGAGCGAGAAUUCAUUUUUCAGCAACUUUACAACUGAGAAAUCGACUUUGGUUCAUUUUAUGUUGUCAUAUGAAUCGGCUAUGGAGAAGCAAGAAAGCAGAUUAGAGUUUUUGGAUCAUCAAUCUCUUAUAAAAACAACACGGUUUUCAACGCGUCUUAAUAUCGAAAAACAAGCAUGUGAUGUCUACACCCGUGCAAUCUUCCUACUUGUUCAAAAUGAGAUUCAAAUAUCCAUUUAUGAUUGUGCUCAGAUUUCUGUUAAUUCAGAAGAAGGUGUUGAUAAGAAAAGAGGAAGAAGAAAAGGAAAAAAAAAGGGUGUUGAAGAGGACGAAGAAGAAGUUGAAGAUCUAAGAACUGUAGAGGGAGAAGAAAUUGAGGAUACAAAUAGAGCCUUAUUUUCAAAAGAUCAAGAAAACUCUGCAAGUACAUCCAACAAUGAAAGAGUUAAAAAGACGUUUAUUUUCAAGGCCAACGGUAUUGAACAAAUACCAGAAAAGUACAUUAUUAGGCGUUGGAGAAAGGAUCUAAUUCUUCCAGGAAUGAGAACAAGAAGAACAAGGUAUGGAGAAUCAAAUGAAGAGUUUGAAAGGCUAACAAAUGAAGCUCAUUACAUUGUUGAGAAUUGCAUGACCUUGUUUGGAAAUGAUGAAGCUAUGCUUUCAGCAUUUGUUGAUAAAGUUAGAUCAUUAAAAGAAAGAAAAAUUGAAAACCCAGAAGUAGAAGGAUUCAAAGGUUGUGGAAGAAGAUUAAAGAGUUCAAAGGAAAUUGCAAUGGAACAGUCAAUGAAGCAUAAACGAAAAUAUGCAAGUUGUGGAAGGAUGACUUUUCAUGACAAAAGAAAUUGUGCGAAGAAAACAAAAGAGGAAGAAGAAAAAAGAGCCAAGGCUGAAGCUCUUAAAGCCUCCAAAAAGAAAAAGUAUUACCAACGCAAUAAGUUUAAGAGUCAUGAGUAUGAGAAAGUGCCUGAAAUUGUGUUUUGGGAUCUUAGAGAUUCGCCUUCUACUCCAGUGAUUGCCAAUCAAAAGGAAGUCUCUUAA